GUGCGACGCCACGUGGAAACGGAGAUUUCUGUAGUAAGAUCCCUUCCUAACUAUUACUGCUUAGGAAAAUGCAAGACUAGCAACCUUGCCGUACAUCGACGGUCAGUAAAAGCGCUGAGGUAAGGAAUCCUGACCGCCCCUAAGUCGACCUCUUUACCAUCUCACCCCCCUCCGUGGCCACGGCGAUGAUAUAAUUGAGACAAAAAAGCGACGACAAAAACAUGUCGUUCGAAACUCUUAGUCCACCAAGGGCGCAGGCACUCGCGCUUGUUGUCCUUGCACUGGUCCUCAUCAAAACAUCACAAGUCCUACUGAGAGCUCACCGACGCCGCCAAUUCGCGCGUCAGCAUGGCUGCGAGCCCGUCACCGCGCAGUACCCUCACAAAUUCCCAUACCUCGGCAUGGAUAGAAUCCGCGAGGUUCGGCAGGCAAGGAAAGAACACCGGAUGAUUAAGUGGGUCCACCAAAAGUUCCGCGAGGCAGGCCAGUAUACGCAGAGCAUCAAGAUCUUCAACAAGACGAUCAUUGUGACGUCCGAACCGGCGAACAUCAAAGCGGUCUUCGCGACGAACUUCAACGACUUCGACACGGCGGGCCGUCUGGAUUUCAUCGGGCAGGUGAUUGGCAAAGGCAUCUUCACGACGGAUGGAGAGGAAUGGAAGCACUCGCGUGCGAUGAUCAGACCGAACUUUGUCAGAGCGCAGGUUGCCAACAUUGAUGCGAUUGAGGUGUACCUGCAGGAUCUGUUGAAGCUGCUUCCGAGCGAUGGAACUUCCGUGGAUCUCCAGCCCCUCUUCUUUGCUCUAACGAUCGACACCUCAACCGAGUUUCUCUUCGGAGAAUCAGUGCACUCAUUGCGCGGCGACGAGCCGGGUAAACCGUCUGGUGUAGCGUUCGCGCACGCAUACGACACAGCACUGCAGGAAUGUGCGAUCAGAGCUACACAAAGUCCGUUGGCACGACUCAUGGGGCAGUCACAGCAAGAUAAGCAGAAUUGCAAGACGGUGCAUGAUUUUGUACAGAGAUAUAUCGGUGAGGCGCUUCGAUGGCGACAGACCUGGGACGGGAAAGAGAAGGCGUUGCCGACGGGCCAGUACACCUUCCUGUACGAACUGGUCAAAGAGACGACCGAUCCCAUAGUACUGAGGGGUGAAGUGUUGAAUAUGUUGCUUGCGGGACGAGACACCACAGCAAGUCUUCUAGGGAGCAUGUUUUUCCAGCUCGCGAAGCGGCCGGAUGUUUGGGAACGGCUACGUGCUGAGGCCGCUGAGCUGCACGGCGCGAAACCGACUUUCGAAGAGUUGAAGAAUUUGAAGUUGCUGCAGUACUGUAUGAAAGAAACACUCCGCGUCAACACCAUUGUACCCACGAUCGUCAGGAACGCCAACAAAGACACCACACUUCCCUCGGGAGGCGGCAAGGAUGGCCAAUCCCCGAUUUUCGUGUCGGCAGGACAGAUGAUUUUCUGCCAGAUGGCUGUGAUGCACUUACGCGAAGACAUCUGGGGUCCGGACGCCGGAGUUUGGAAUCCUGAUCGUUGGGCCACACUGCGUCCUGGUGCUUGGGACUACCUUCCCUUCCUUGGUGGUCCGCGUGUUUGCAUUGGCCAACAAUACGCGCUUACCGAAGCGGGAUACGUGACGGCGCGGAUGGUGCAAACGUUCUCCGGGCUGACGAGUCGAGAUGCGGGGCCGUGGCAGGAGAAACUCACGUUGACUUGCGCGUCGAAGGAGACGAAUGUUUCGCUUACGCUUGCGUAACACGUAUGGGCCGAAGUCAGGCUUGGGUAUAAUAUGAUUUAUUAGAGCUUUUUAUAUGCCAGAUAAAGGAAGGUGCAUUUUCUCUCCCCG